AUGGGUGUCGACACCCGCAGACCCAUCCUCCCGGCCCCGACAGAGUCUGUCCUCGACACCACAGUCGCCAGCACCACCGGGACAGCCACCGAUCUUGCCACCGACCUCUCUCGCCGGACAGACAAGACGUCGUACUCCAUCCCGGAAGAUGGCAGCCCCAUCACCAUCUCCACCCGCCGUCGUUCUUCGCGGCCAAGGGACAGAGAGAGGGACAGGGACAGGGACCGUGAAGACGGUGGUGGAGGGAAGAUGUCCCGCUCCUCGCACCACUCCCAGACCUCGCUGCUCAUAGAGUACUUCGAAGGCGGCAAGAAAGGGUCGGGCAGCGGUGGAAUCAGCUCCCGGCCUAGCGUCAGGGUCAGAGUCACACCUUCGUCUAGCAGGAAGAGCCGGGAUAGAGACAGAGACAGGGACAGAGACCGCAUCCAUAUCAGUGAGAACAGCGGAGGGAGGAGACCGUCGUAUACCAGACGCAUCUCGCUCAGCACGCCCACCAGGUCCUCGAAGGAUGUUUCUAGCCACAGAGGUGGAGGCGGGGGAGCAGGAGCUGAUGAUGAUGGCAGUCUGAGCUCCCUGACAGAUGGAAUGGAUGAUAUAGGUGCCUCGCGAGGCCAUCCGUUAGAGAUCGAGAUCGUUAACAGAGACAGCGAGGUCUCGUCAAGAUACAUCCAGCCUACCUCGGACAUCUCCUCCAUGCCGGCAGACAGCAUGCUCGAUGGUCCCCUCGUCGUGUCCGAGACUCACACUAACCGCCGUCGAAGCCACAGCCUCAGUGGAGAUGAGACUGAGCCGGCUACGGACUCGCGUGACUUGCUCAAGACUCCCUCCAGAAGACGCAGUCGAAGUCUCAGCCGUGAGAGGAUUGCUCAAAAGGCCGCUGAGAAGAUCAGCGGUUCUGCUGUUGCUUCAAGGGACCGUACUCGCUCAAAGCAACGUUAUGGAGAAGGAAGCUCCUCGGGUGCCUUGGAUUACAGCUCCAGACGGGCUGGUAAACAUAGAGAAAGAGAAAGAGACAUGGCCAGUCCCGAGUCAAGCUAUCUCAGCACUUCACUUGCGUCAGGAAACAACGGUAAGACAGGGAACGGUGACCAGUACUCCUUCAAAUCUGGCACUUCUCGGUCAUCCCUCAACAAUCCUAAACUGCUCGAGACGGUCGAAGAUGCCAUUCGUCGGCUCAUCUUGCCUGAGCUAAAGGAGCUCAAAAAGGACCAGAAAGAUGAUCCUCUAGCCCGACUCAAGGCUGGCCGUGGUGCUGGUGCUGCUGGCAUUGCCCACAAGGCCUCCAAGGAGGAUGCUGCGGCUUUAAAACUUGCAAAACGGUCCAGUGCUCCAGAUGUCUCGAGGAGUCUAGGUCUGGAUGCCGAUACAAGGUCGCCCGUCCGGUCUCCUGAUUCCCAAUCAUCAAGGUCCAAGGAACGCAGACGCGAGAAGCGACCUAGUCCCCGCCGUGAAGGGAGCGGCUCGUCCCGCCAGGCCAGCCUCCUCUCAGUAGAAGCGCCAGGAGUCAGCAGAAAGAAGAGUAAAGGCCUACGUGAUGCCGAGGCUGCUAAGAUUGUAGGAACUGCCUUGACCACCGCAGCUCUAAAACACCAUGAUUCAAACUCAAGCUUGGGCCGGCGAGACAGGGUCCAUAAGCGUAGCAAGAGCUCUCUUGCCAGCGGUAGUCGUGGAGCCGGAGGCGGAGCCGGGUUCAAUGAUACUGAACUCAUCUUCCAGAAGCACGAUGUUGCUCCCAUGCCUUUCCGCAGCGGUAUUGACUCCGAUAUGACCAGGCAGUCUAUUCUCUCGCAGCAGUCGGCCCAGACCGCCACUGCUCUCGAAGGUGAAGUGGCCAGGGGAUCUCCCCGAGCACUCGCUUCCCCCAUAGCUCCCAUGACCCCUGAUAGCAACAAACACCAUCUCAGAGAUCUAGGUAGCGGUCUGUCGGAGGAGGUUACCCAUGAAUACAACGAGUCUCCAACUCCAAAGGCCCUCUUCGACCCACAUCAUGACGACGUUGAUUUCUCUAAUAACCGUGCUCUCAGCCCCAUCCAGAGCGUGGCUAGCUACCAGGCCGAUGAUCAUCACAAUCGCAGCUUGACUCCCGGCCAGGAAGGUGAUGACGCUUCCAAGCAGCCACAACGACUGUCAAUCGAGUCUCUCUCCUCAGCCGCAAGCACUGAUCUAGCCAGAUCAACUCGAACCGCAGACUACAGCCACCGCCACCCUCCCACCAUUCCAGACGAAGAGCUGGGAUCCAAGCUGGAUAUUGGUGAAUCACAGAGGAACUCGCCUAGCUACUGGGACCAUGACGAUACCGACUCAAAACACCUGACUGCUUAUACCGAUGACACUUUUACCGACCCUCUUGACCACGGGCAGCAGAUUGCCGGUGGCCGCGCUACGAAUGUGCAGUACGUACAUGCUCCCCUUGGAGUUGAGUCGGCAGUUGCCUCUCUUCUGGAUCCUUCGCAGGUUUCUACUCGCUCGCCACAUCCGCUUGUCAACCGCUCGUCAAGGAGCUAUACCCCUGGCAUGGAAGGCGAAGGUGAGGAGCCAAGCAGACACAUGGACCUCAACGAGGAAGACGAACAUGAAGCAGAAGAGGAGGACCAUGACGAACAUGGCCCGGCAGAGGAAGAAGAGCCUUAUGAAGACGAAGAGGACGAAGAUCUCGAUCAUGAUCACGAUCUUGAUCUCGAUGAAGAGGAGGACAGAACAAGAGAGCAACCAGCGGGACCACCGAGCGUUGAUGAACGUCCAUUCCACGAACGCAUGGGCGUAACAUCUCCACCGCACAGUACUGCACAGUCUGAUGAAGAUGAGGAAUAUGAAGAAGACAGGCCUAUCCUUGGUGCCAACGCUCUGCCCACCUCCGGUAGCCCGAUCCCUGAAAUAGGCCACAUGGUCGACACUGAUUCAGAAAUCAACACCAACCCUUCAAUUAUUCAGGGCCCCAUUGGCGGGGUCCCCCACGAAAGCCGCGACCAUUGGCCCUACGAACCCAGUCCGCCCCAAUCAGGGAGACAGAUCCUCUCCCCCGAGCGAGAGCUCGACGACGCCGAUCUAACGGGCGCUGGCUACGGUGCUGCGGCUGGUUUAGGCGUCAUCUCGGAAGAGGCCGGUCGGGACCAUUAUGAUAUGGACAAAAGCCUUGGUCCCAAUACCUAUGGCAACGAUCAUUUCGAUAUGGUGUCUCCCAACCCGCGAGAUGAAGGGUACAUGUCUGGUGCGAACCAUAGAUCUAACAGCAGUGCUACGCCAGAGCCAAAGGGUAAAGGAUUCGAUUUGUCGAAUGAUAUCGUUGGUGGCCUUGGAAGUCCAAUGGAGGCUGAUGAUCCGUUUAAUGAUAAACAUAAGCGGCAUUUGAGCGGGUAUUCCCAUGGCAUGCCUUCGCCCUUGUACGAUAGCUCGACCGGUCGAGGUAUCGAUAGGAUCCAGUCCAAGGAUAUCGUCGCGCUCAUGGACCAUUUGACCGUUCGUGACGCCCAACGAAAUGCAAGAGACACCGAGAUCCUGAUCACCCUUGUCCGCAGCGCAGCUGAAAUGCGCAACUCCUUCGAGGAUAUGAAGAAGUACAUCGCCCAGCAAGAUGAGUUGCUUCUCGACGCAAACUCCAAGGGCCAUGACCGUACCCAGAAGGCCAUUGGUGGUCCCCGGCCGAUGAUCACUCCUCGCACGCACAGCAAAAUGUCCAGCGACUUUGAGGAGGAUUUGCGCUCCAAGAAGAAAAAUGUAUUCAAGCGGGCUUUGAAAACUCUUAGUUUGAAAAGUUCGGGUGAUCUGACUAAUAUCGAGGAAAUGCUUCUUCAUCUGUUAACGGAAGUCGAGGCUCUGCGAGCUGCGCAGGAAGGCCGAGCUCCUGCCCUGGGUAACUCGGCUGAGAAUGUACAUGUCAACGGACACGGCGCUGCAGAUGGGUAUGAGGAUGACGAAGAACGCGGUGCUAAUACUGCUGCUGCUACGGCUGAGCAAUCACUGUAUAACUCCCCGCACCGCACGAGUGAGGGACGAGUACAGUCUUCCCAGCGCAAUAUUAGCCCCGUCAAGGAAGAAAACGAAGACGACACCUUGACUCGUGACGAGCAGGAUAUUCUCGAGAACCCAACGCCCCCUGGCUCUCGUUUCGUCGGCCGCCAUAAACGAGGUGCUUCAGUGCCCCUGGCAACCCCCGAGCGAGUCCCCGUUGCUUCGCCUCCAAGUGCAGACACAACGCCCAAGAUGUCCAAUGAAAAAUCCCGCAAGACCAAAUCAAGCAGCUCCUCUUUCUUCCCCAAGAUCUCCCGCUGGUCCAGAACGACUGCAUCGUCCAUGGGUGAGAACCUCCGCAACAGCAUCCAGCCAAGCCGCAAGGAGCGUUUCUCCUCCGAAGCAUCGAGAUCAAACUCCGAUUUGGAAAAUGCAAACUAUACCACCGCCGAAUACUAUGACCACCGCGGCGAUGACCGGCUCCGCUCCAACACAAGCGUCAACAAAGAUGCCAUGGGCACAGAGAACCGUCCCCCCUCUCCGCUUGUCCCUUCCCAGCUUUCUGAAAAUCCCAAAUACAGAGCUCAUAGAGAUAGCUUGAACCUUCAACACCCCCAACCCCGCCAGGGCCCUACAUCCCGGUACCAGACGCAGCUUGAAUCCCAAGCCCAGCACUACGGCGCCCCCACAUCCCCUAACUCCGAUGCCUGGGCCUCAAACCCAACUCUCGGGGCACUUAACCGUGACCGCCCUUCCAGCGCAGCAGAUAACCACCGCCCCAUGUCUGCAGGUGCUUAUUCAGUCGGGUCAUCAGUAAUGAGCCAAUCCGGCCCUCCACGACCACCUAAGGUCAGAGACGAUGGUCCCUUGAUACCACAUCGCUCAUCGAAGUUAAGCGAUGAUGCGAACCCAAGCUAUGCAGAGCGCAUGGCGAUGCGAGAAGGCACAGCUCGUAUGGUUGACCAUGUUAACAAUGGCUCCCCAUCCAGAUCUUCUCCGGGACGAGGCGUCCCACAACGAAAACCAACUGGUCCCCGACCAUUGACCAGCUCUGGUAAAAAUAACGGAACCCUGGGCUCUCAGCGACCCCAGUAUGAUUAUGACGACUACUGA